AUGAACAGUGAAGAAGAGUUUUAUGAUGCCGUUACGGGCUUUGAUUCUGACAAUUCUUCAGGAGACUUUUCAGAAGCAAAUCAUAAAGUUGCAGAGAUGCUUGAUCUAGAUCCACACCAAAGCAAUAAGACUGGAAAGCAUAACGGGGAGACAGAGAUCCAAGAAAAUGGCAUCAAGAGACACAGGACAUCAUUACCUGCCCCAAUGUUCUCUAGAAGUGAUUUUAGUGUGUGGAGCAUAUUAAAAAAAUGCAUUGGACUGGAGCUGUCCAAGAUUACCAUGCCCAUUGUCUUCAACGAGCCAUUGAGUUUCCUUCAACGGAUAACAGAAUACAUGGAACAUAUAUACCUCAUUAAUAAGGCUUGUAGUCAUGCAGAUCCCCAGGAAAGAAUGCAGGCUGUUGCUGCUUUUGCAGUUUCUGCUGUAGCUUCUCAGUGGGAGAGAACUGGCAAACCAUUUAACCCACUGCUAGGAGAAACCUAUGAAUUAACCAGGGAGGAUUUAGGAUUUAGGUUUAUAUCUGAGCAAGUCAGCCACCACCCACCUAUUAGUGCAUUUUAUUCUGAAGGCCUCAACAAGGACUUCGUGUUUCAUGGAGCUUUAUUUAGAAGACUAUUAAAAUUCUGGCUCAGCCUAAUCAAAUUACAGGGAAAUGAUUCCUUUCUCUCUUUUCUUUACAGACACAAUGAAGCUUACACAUGGACAAAUCCAACCUGUUGUGUACAUAAUGUAAUUAUUGGGAAACUCUGGUUGGAACAGUAUGGAACAGUGGAAAUCGUUAAUCACAGUACUGGAGAUAAAUGUGUCCUUAACUUUAAACCAUGUGGACUGUUUGGGAAGGAGCUUCACAGAGUAGAGGGAUACAUUCAGGACAAAAACAGAAAGAAGCUGUGUGUGAUCUAUGGCAAGUGGACAGAAUGUUUGUGGUGCACUGACCCCACCACGUAUGAGACUUACAAGAAGAAUGAGAGGAGAGGUGGUGAGCAGAAGAAGAAGUCGGUAAGUGAAGAUGUUAUUAAAUCUGAAAAUGAUGUGGCUGAUGAUAUGCCAGAGAUUCAAGACACAGUGCAGUUCAUACCAGGCAGUAAAUUGCUUUGGAGAAUAAAUUGUAGGCCACCAAACUCAUCACAGAUGUACAACUUCACCAGUUUUGCUGUGAGUCUCAAUGAGCUGGAAAAGGGCAUGGAAGCAAUAUUGGCUCCCACUGACUGUCGGCUACGCCCGGAUAUCAGGCACAUGGAGAAUGGGAACAUGGAUGCAGCAAGCAAAGAGAAAGAGAGACUAGAGGAGAAACAAAGAGCUGCUCGCAAGGAGCGUGCGAAGGACCAAGUGGAGUGGCACACACGAUGGUUUCAUCAAGGCACUAACCCCUACACUGGGACUGCAGAUUGGCUGUACUCAGGUGGCUAUUUUGAUAGGAAUUUCUCAGACUGUCCAGACAUAUACUGA